AUGAUUGAAGCUUUAAAUGGUGAAGUUACAGUACCAUAUGAAUUAUAUCAACAAAUUCAACUUGAUUCUAAAGGAUCAAAUGUAAAUUAUUUAAUUUCAAGUGCAUCUUACAAAAUCACUUCAAAAAGUGGAAUAGCACAAUUCGAUUGUGAAUUUCAAAUUAGAGUAUUCAAUAAUAAAAACAAAAGUAACAAUAAUACAGUGGUUACAAAAGAAUCAAUUAAAUUAAUUUCCCAAAAAGCUACAAUUUUAAAUAGUUCAAUUAAAUAUUGUAAAUCAAACACUGGUGAUAAUUGGACUAGUGGGGAAAGUCUUGGUGCUUGUAUUUUAACAGCUGAUCAUAGCUAUUAUCUUUACACAAGUGCUCCAGGUAGAUAUACCAUCACUUUAGAAUGCUCAUUGCCAUAUUUAACUGUCAAAGAAGCCGGUUUUGAAGUAUCUAUUCCAGAAUGCUCAAAUAACUCUGUAUUUGUUCGUGUUCCACAAAAAAAUGCAAAUAUUAAAGUUUUCAAUUCAUUCCUUGACACAGAAGCAUUUGAUAUGUGGUCAGAAAAACAUUCAAAAGAUGCAAACGAUUAUACAGUAACAUUUGUUAAGCUUGCUAAUGACACUAUAUUAAAAGCACAAUGGACAAUCAAUGAUGAUUUCAUUUCAAAUAAAAUUCAAUUAAAUAAUAAUAAUAAUAAUGUUCCAAAAGUUAAUGUUAAACCUAAUGUUAUUGUUUCACAAAGUAUUCUUGGCUCAAUUGGUGAAGGUUUAUUACUAUUAAAAUGUCAAUUUGACUAUAAAAUUAUUGCAGGCAAUUUAUCAUUAUUUAAUAUUGAGAUCCAAGAUGAUAUCAACAUUGUAAAUGUCGAAUGCCAAGCAUUAAAAAGAUGGGAGGUUUUAGCAUUGGAAAGUCCAACAUCACCAAGUCAUAAUAGAGUAGUACAAAUAACCUUGGAUUAUGGUUUUGAUAGUGAUUUCACCAUAAAUAUGAAUGCAGAAUAUUCAAUGAAGGAUACAUCUGGUGAAAUCAAUAUUCCAUCAAUGAUUUGUAAAGGUGACGAAAUUAAUAGACAAAGAGGUUAUCUUGGUAUAGAAGCUAGAACUAAUGUUGAAAUCUCGGAUAUUGGUAACCUUGGUCUUAGCGUAACCGAUAUUAAAGAGUUACCAAUCCAAUUAUCGUCAAUGGCCAGCCAUCCAAUUCUUUUAAGCUAUAAAUAUUUAGAACCAGAUUUCCAACUUCGUUUAAAAGUAAAGAGAAAUAAUGAUGUUGCUGUAUUGGUUUCCAUUUGCGAAGGUGCUCAUUUCAUAACCACUUGUAGCGAUAGCGGAAAGCUAGUUCAUCAAAUUAUACUUCAAAUUAAAAAUACACAAAAACAAUUCAUUAGACUCAGAUUACCAUUCGAAUAUGAAAUCUGGACUACUAUGAUGGAUGGUGAACCAAUUCGUCCCUCCUAUAGCGAUCCAUUUUUAUUAAUUCCAAUUUUAAAACCUGGUGUUUUCGACCAAAAUGUUGCAAUCAAAAUCGAAAUUGUUUUACUUCAAAAGGAUGCUCAUAAUUUUAAUAGACAAUCCAAUACAGGCCGUUUUGGUUUCACUUUACCAAAGAUUGAUUUACCACUUCGUGCAGUUUUCGCUACCAUAUGUUUGCCACGUGGUGUACAUUGUUCAGAUUUUACAGGUAAUCUUAAAAAUGUUCCAUAUUUCCAAAUACCCGCUCCAUCAUCAUCAGCCUCUGAUUCCAAUCCAGCACCUGGCCAAUCCCAUCGUAGAAAGAAUUUAAAUAGAAGAGAAAGUAUUGAUUUUAGCGACAAAGCUAAAAAAAGUCAUAGUUUUUUAAGUAAAUCCUCAGCUCCAGUUCCAAAUAAGAGACAAGGUGUAAUUCCAGUUACCGUAGAAAUGCCAAAUACUAACAAUACAUUUUUCUUUGAACAAAUUCUUUUAUCUGGUGAUAGAGAUUUAUCAUUUGGUUUUAAUUAUAAAAUUAAUAACCAACUAGUUCAAGCUUAA